AUGCUACACGGGCUUUUACAGUAUUUAGAUUUGAUAUGCGAGCUGGUGACAGCUCCGAAAGCUUUCUGUUUCCUGGCGUUAACAAAAACCUCAUCGGUUCCAGCGACCGAUAUGUCUACAAAAGAACUGGCUAUAAAACUGGGACUCCUGAGGCAACGGAGUAAGUCCUCUGGAUCUAAGAAGUCGCUGGUAUCAAAUCAGCUGUUUUCAUACUUGAUUGUGAUUGAUUUUGAGUCCACUUGCUGGAGAGAGAAAAACAACUCCAGCCAAGAAAUUAUUGAGUUUCCUGCUGUCCUCCUGAACACAUCUACAGGGGAGAUUGAGUCUGAGUUUCACACAUACGUGCAACCCCAGGAACACCCGGUUCUGUCUGAGUUUUGCACAGAGCUGACUGGCAUCGUGCAGGAGCAAGUGGAGGCCGGGAUCCCUCUCCAGAUCUGCCUCUCACGAUUCAACCGCUGGCUCCAAAACCUGCAGCUGAGGAUGGGAGUGGCUUUUCCCAACAGACAGCAGGCAUCGUCAUCCACGCCGGCGGUUUCUCAGAAGCUGUGCACUUUCCUCACGUGGUCAGACUGGGAUCUUGGAGUUUGUUUGCAGUACGAAUGUAAACGGAAACAGCUUCACAAGCCAGAUGUUCUAAACAGCUGGAUAGACCUGAGAAGCACAUACAGGCUGUUUUACGACAGGAAACCCAAAGGCCUAAGUGGUGCGCUUCAAGAUCUGGGAAUACAGUUUUCUGGGAGGGAACAUUCUGGUCUGGACGAUGCCCGAAACACAGCUCAGCUGGCAGCAAGAAUGAUGAGAGAUGGGUGUGUGAUGAAGAUCACCCGGAGUCUGGAGCGGCCCACAGUGAUGGUCAAACCCCCGUCUGGAAGCAACAGGCCAGCAAAAAAUGAAAAGGAAAAAUUGAAUAUUCAAGAAAAAGAAAAUGUGACCUCCAUCAGCAAACACUGUCCAUCCAAAACGACUCUCGAAACUAUUCAAAAACUGUCGUAUCAAGAGCAUACUACAAAGAAUGGAGGCUCAAAGGGAAGCUCAGACAUGUCCAAUGGUCAAACGUGUCUUAGCUUGAUUUCGCCAACCACUCUGCUGAGUGUCGCACCACUUGGAAGUCACAGCUGCAGGCCGGUUACAACACAGGCUGCUAACAUUUCAUCGACAGCGAGGAUGGAUGCACCUCAGAGGAACAGCAGUCACGUUCUGUGUUCUACCACCGUCAGCUGCUUUUCAAACCUACCUCAACCGGACCAAGGCCCCGGAGCAGGACAGGAGGAGAGGGCAGAACUGCUGGUGGAAACAGAGGAGAGGUGCGGCUCUUACGAUGAUGUAUUGUUGGGGGCUGAUGACGAUAUAAACGCAACGGGCAGAGAAUGUGACCCCGAGUACAUUUCAGAUUUCGACAGUGGAUGUUACGAGUGGGAAGAGUCGGAUGAUUCCCAUUCACCAGCACGUCCCUUCCCAGACGAGGAUGGAACGAGAGAAACUGUGGCUGCUGGACGCAGAUCUGAAUGGCAAAACAUGACCAAUGGUUCAUCGGUCCUCUGUAAAUCUAUAAAGACGUCAAACUACACCGUCAGACACGCAAAGGAAAUUUUACAACCAACAACAUCAUUAGAUUCAGACACCUGUUUUGCGGUGCCUAAACCUGUAAAUUGGAACAAAUCAAAUCAUAGCAAAUCGGGCCUCAAAACCUCCUCAGAAAUCCAAUUCCAGUUAAAACGAUCCCACGUAGGUUAUAAGACAAAAACACCCUCUCCGGUCAGGCUGAAGCCCUUCGCGCCCGGAAAGACAUCCACCCCAAACGCCUCCUCUGUCAGGCCAAAACCGAUCGCCACAAAGCACUCAAAACCCCCUUUUCCCAUCUUCUCUGAGCCAGCAUGCCAGGCCGUGGGGGCGUCCGGACCCCCGCACACACCCCAAAACGCCCUCUCCUCUUUGUCAGUCAAUGCCAGUCGCUUGGGGCUUCCCGCUACGGCGAGGGGGCCUCAGAGGAUCACCGCCCCUCUGUGCCUGUGCGGCCGGCGCGCAAAGCGGCAGGCCGUGUCAAACGGAGGCCCUAACCACGGGCGGGGCUUUUACUGCUGCCCCGUCCGGCGCUCGGGCCACACGGGCAGGGUGGAGAAAGGAUGUGAGUUUUUUAAGUGGGAGUCGGCCCUGAGGAGGACGACCUCCGGGGCUGUUAGGUCCUCUGUGUCGCUCUGUCACCCAACUAGUUCAUCUCUUCAUCAACGUCCAGCCCACAGAGCACCGCUGAGAAAAAGCUGCUGA